AACAACUCACAAUUUCUAAAUUUGUCUACCCAACCUACCGUUUGCCUACCAAGCUCAACCUAUCAUGGCGCUAUCCAAUCAAGGACAUCAACGAAUCAAAACAACAAUAUUCACUUUAUCAACUUUUAAUUUUCGUCCCACUUAUUUUUAAUUGAUUUUAAAUCAUUCAAUUCAAAUAAUUAAUACAAUGAUUCAAACGUAUCAAAAUCAAUGAAAAUAAAUUUACCACACAAAGUAUCACACAAAUAAAAAUUAAUCAAGAAUGAGAUGAAAAAUGAACCUGCUUUUAUUUAAGUAUUGCGCAAUUAGAUGAGAUGGAGUCCGCACCCAAACCUCAGAUUGAACCUCAAUAUGAACAAAACCAACCUCGAUAUACCUUUUUGCUCUAUUUUUCGUCAACACGAACCAGUAAUUACGGAAAGAGACGAAACCGGUGCUGCUUAUGCAAUCUGGUCACCAAUUUUAUGGUUUUUCGGUGGGGUUUCAUCGAAACUGACUCAACAAUUGAAAACCAGAGGUGACGGAAACGGGUUCGCCGAUCCUUGCUGAUGUGAUAUUCGAAGAGAAACUCAUCAGAAUUGACAGAAAAUAGUUUGUCUUGGUCGUUGCUGGAUCGCGGGCGAGAUCUAGUCAUCGGAAUGGGCUCGACUGUCUCUUUUCCUCACUCGCCGCUCCACUCUCUCUCAAGCUCCCUCUCUUUUUGCUCAAUCUCUCCCUCUCUUGAUCGGAUGUGUGUGUAUCCUAUUCUACUUUGAUGAUCUCCACCCAGUACAGUUUCCAUCAGUUGGAAUUGCUCAAAUCAACUGGAAGGAAUGAGAAAUCAAUUUGAUCGAUAAGGCAUAGAUGACAAAGGUUUAAAUUCCAAGCCCUUCAUCCACAAUGAAGGGGAUGACGAAGAUGGAGGCCAACGAGGAUCUUACCUUGAAAAUUGUAGAGAAGGCUAUGGUACGGGCAUGUUCUAAUAUCAUCAACAAGGAAUAAGAUAAGUUUUCAACAAAUUUAAGUGAUGAGCAGAAAUAACAAGAUGGAAAGGAGAAGAAAAAAAUGAGUAAAUUCUGUCCUCGAAGGAAAGGAGAUGGAGAUGGAGAUGGAUUACAUAAAUACUUCACAUCCAAAUUUUAUUGGUGGGACUAAAGCUCAUGAGAUGGCAUUACAACAGGUCAAGUCAUCUAGGAUUGCUGCACCUAAUCCGAGGCAGAAAGAUGGCGUAGAUUUAGAAAAGGCACCGACCUCUGAAAAGAGUCUAAAAUCACGUGCCAUCCUUGCCAGAUCGGUCAGUGGUUUAGUCCCUGAUCAG